UUAAAAUUACAAUUCUUCACUCUUCAGGGAUCAUGUCAGCAGUACAGGUAGCUCUGCUUCUUUCACUCGUCUCUCUCUUCUCCCUGCCAGUAAAUGGAGACUACAAGAUUGGAGUUGGUCGCUAUGACAUUACGGGCCCCGCAGCAGAAAUUGAAAUGAUGGGAAUGGCGAAUCCUUCUCAGAUUGCUAACGGGAUUCAUUUCCGCCAAUACAGCAGAGCCUUUAUUGUCGUGAAUGCAUCUAAUGACACGAAUAGAGUCGUGUUUGUUAGUAUUGAUGCCUGCAUGGGGACGCAAAUCAUGAAAAAUAAGGUCGUUGAGAAGCUGCAGAGCAACAAGACGUUUGCUGGCCUGUACACUGAUGAUAAUGUUUGUAUAUCAGGAACUCACACCCACUCCGGACCGGCUGGGUACUUCCAGUACCUGCUCUACGAAAUCACGUCAAGGGGUUUCUCACAAGAAACUUUAGACGCAAUCGUGGAUGGUAUUGUGGAGAGUAUUGCAGAGGCUCAUCAGAACAUAGUCCCUGGGAAGCUCCUCUACAAUACCGGGGUACUACUCAAUGCCUCUAGGAACAGGAGCCCUACCGCUUAUUUGCUGAAUCCUGAAGCUGACAAAGCUCUAUAUCAGUACGACACUGAUAAGGAUAUGGUUGUUAUUAAAUUUGUUGAUAAUAAUGGAACGGAUCUUGGAAUGAUAAACUGGUUUGCAGUACAUGGUACUAGUAUGAACAACACCAACACUUACAUUAGUGGUGACAAUAAAGGAUAUGCUUCAUUACUGCACGAGAAAGAUAUGGACAAAGACUCACUCCCUGGACAGAGUAAGUUCAUCGCUGCUUAUGCUCAGAGUAAUGAAGGUGACGUCACUCCUAAUCUAAUGCCACAACAUUGUCCUGGUCACCCUGAGGUACCCUGUGACGCUAACUCUUCAAAAUGUCUAGUAAAAGGAAAAGAGCUUUUCUGCAUAGCCUUUGGCCCUGGGGUAGACAUGUUUGACAGCACAAGAAUCAUUGGAGAAAGACAAUUUGAUAAAGGAAAGGAGCUGUAUGAUGCAGCAUUUAAGGAGCUGAGUGGUCCAGUACAGUAUUUGAAAGUUAAUAGAGAUUUCUCUAAUAUUGAACUGGAAUUUAAUGGAAAGAAGGUACAUACAUGUACUCCAGCAAUGGGGGACAGUUUUGCAGCUGGGACCAUUGAUGGACCUGGAGCUUUCAGUUUUAAACAAAACGAUACGACUGGAAACAAGUUUUGGGAUUUAGUCGGUCACUUACUCCACGAGCCAUCGAAAGAAGAGAAAGAAUGCCAAGCACCCAAACCAAUACUACUGGACACAGGUGAUAUCAAUAUACUGUAUCCCUGGGCCCCAAGGAUUGUUCCACUUCAAAUGUUCCGUAUCGGCCAGCUGGUAAUAUCAGCAGUACCAGCUGAGUUCACAACAAUGUCUGGAAGAUAUCUAAAGAAUGCUGUGAAGAAGAUAUUCAAUGCUACUGGUGACUCUGACAUCAUUCCAGUUAUAGCCGGACUAUCUAACACUUAUUCAGACUACGUCACAACUUACUAUGAGUACCAGCAACAAAGAUACGAAGCUGGUUCCACCAUAUUUGGACCUUAUACUUUAAAUGCAUACGUACAAGAGUUUAGUAAACUUGCUGUUGCUUUAGCUACCGAUAAUGCAACUGGUGUUGAUAAAGGCCCACCCACUCCUGAUUAUUAUUCAAAACAAAAGUCUCUGAUUCUGCCAGUACUGACCGACAAGCAACCAAAAGGAAAGAAGAUUGGUGACGUUAAAGUUGACGUUAAAGAAAGUUACGCAAUAAACGACACUGUUGAAGUUGUGUUUUGGGCUGGAAACCCACGCAAUGACAGAAAGACCAACAGUACAUUCCUGACAGUUGAGAUAGAGGACAAUGACCAAUGGACUGUAAUGUACACUGACGCCUCCUUGGAAACAAGAUUCAAGUGGGAAUAUGAUCACAGUGAUACUCUGUGUAUUAUGGAUGACAUUUUUGAUGGUGGUUGUACCAGUCAUGCCAUUAUACAGUGGUUCAUUCCACCUGAUGCUGUUCCUGGUACUUAUCGUAUUCAACAUUUCGGAGCUUACAAGAAUGAUGGAGUCCAUCAGUAUCAAGGGGCUUCUGGAACUUUUAAAGUCACCAAAAUGUGAUUUUGAUAAUAAUUAGUUUAUAUGAUGCCAUGACUACCAAUGAUUAUAUACAUGUAUUAAGCUGCAGCUGAACAUAUUUGUCAUUCUUUAAUUAUCGUCUUUGUUGCUUUAAUUCAAAUUAUAAUUCUAUUGUUAAAAGACAA